AUGGGUGACUUCAAUUCAUAUCUUCAUGCAUCUGAAAAAUUGGGAGGAGGCUCUCCAAAUUGGAGGAGCAUGCUAGAUUUCCAAGAAUGUCUCACAACGUGCCAAUUAUCUGAUUUGGGCCAUAAGGGUCCAGUUUUUACUUGGAAGAGAGGUAAUCUGUAUGAGCGCGUGGACCGAGCUUGUGCUAAUGAGAGCUGGAGUUUGAGUUUCCCCCACAGGGUGGUGUCUCAUCUUCCCUUCUAUAGCUCUAAUCAUCGACCUUUGUUACUUUGGGAGGGGCAACCGAAUUAUAACUCCCAUGGGAAUAGACCUUUCAGAUUUUUGGCAGCUUGGCUUACCCAUGAUAAUUUUUCUGAGUUAGUUCGUUCUACUUGGGAGGAGGAGAAUGAUUGGACGUCAGCCAGCAAUCUCUUCCGCAACAAGGCAGGACGCUGGCACAGGGAUUGUUUUCGGGAAGAUGCUAAUCAGAAAGCUAAUCUUCAUGCUCGUCUCAAUGGAAUUGAUCGCAGUUUAAGUCAGCAUCCUAGUCAUGCGCUAGAGCGUUUACAAAGGGAGCUUUGGAGUAAACUUAAUUUUAUCUACCUCAGAGAAGAGCUCACUUGGUUUCAGUGGUCUCGAGCUAAUUGGCUUGUGUACGGGGAUCGAAAUUCUAGAGUCUUCCAUUCCACAACAGUGGCAAGGAGACGGAGGAAUAGAAUUGAUGCUCUAAAAAAUGAUGCUGGUGAUUGGAUAGGUGACCCUUCUAUUCUAAUGACUAAAGCGGUGGAUUUCUUUAGUAACUUAUAUAAGGAGGAUAUGGCUUUACGUCCUACAUGUCCGAUCAGGAAUGCUUUUCCCAAUUUGGGACAUGCUGAUCUGAGGGAUAUUAGUCGUCAGCCUUCUAACCAGGAUAUUCGUGAUGUGGUGUUCUCUAUGGGUCCUUAUAAGGCUCCAGGGGUUGAUGGUCUUCACGGCAUCUUUUUUCAGUCUCAAUGGGAAGUUGUAAGGGAUUCAGUGUGCUCUUUUGUCAAAGAUGUAUUCAAUAAUCCGCAUAGAGUUCAAGAUGUCAACCAGACCCUUCUUUGUUUAAUUUCGAAAGUGGAUGCUCCUCAGACUUUUAAAGACUUUAGACCUAUAAGUCUCUGUAAUGUUAUCUAUAAGGUUGUGACAAAACUUAUAGCUAACCAGCUGAAGUUACAUAUGAAUAGCCUUGUGAUGCCCAAUCAAUGUAGGUUUAUCAAAGGGAGACAAGGUACUGAUAAUGUGAUCAUUGCUCAAGAAAUUGUUCAUUCGAUGAGAUCAAAACGUGGCACAAAAGGUUGCAUGGCAAUUAAGGUGGAUCUUGAAAAGGCAUAUGACCGUUUGAAUUGGGAUUUUCUAAGGGACACUCUUCAUGAUUUAGGUCUUCCAAAUCAUAUCACGACUCUCAUCAUGUGUUGUUCAGGCCAACGUGUGAAUUAUGAUAAGACUCGUGUCUACUUCUCCCGCAAUGUUAAUCACACUAGAGCUGCUAGUUUGAGCCAAAGUAUGGGAUUCUCUUCUACUCAUGAUUUGGGCCGCUAUCUGGGUAUUCUUUUUCAUCAUAAGCGGGUUGGUAGAGGAACUUUUGGUCUUUCUUUGGCUGGCCGUGUAACGUUGUCAAAAGCUGUUGUAUCAGCUACCCCAACUUAUGCAAAGCAGGUUAGUCACAUUCCUCGGUCUACAUGCACAGAGAUUGAGAAGCAUAUUCGUAAAUUUGUGUGGAGCUCUAAUAAUGUGCAAUGGCGUCCAGCUCUUGUUGCUUGGGAUCAGGUAUGUUUGACCAAGCAACUAGGAGGUCUUGGCUUAAGGAGGAUGAAAGAUAUGAAUACUGCUUUUCUCAUGAAAAUAGGCCAUAACAUCAUGACAAAGCCUGAAGCCUUAUGGGUGCGAGUUCUCAGGUGCAAGUACAACGUGGGAGGCAAUUUAAUGCCACAUAUCCGAGCUUCUAGAAACAACUCCAACCUUUGGAAGGGUCUGGUUAGUUACUGGGAUAUGGUUUUAUCCAAUAGUCGGAUUCUCCUUGGAGAUGGAAUUAACACGGCCUUCUGGACUGAUUGGUGGCUUCCUAGGCAUGGUCCACUGUUAUCUUAUGUAUCAAACACCUCUUCUAUAGAUAGCAUGGCUCAAUCAGUUUCUCAUUUUGUUGCGAGAGAUGGAACUUGGGAUUGGGAUUGUAUUCAACAUCUCAUUCCGGUCCAGGUUUUGUCUUGUAUAGCUAACAUGAUCUCACCUAUGCCUUUGGACAACCAUGAUCGUGUUAUAUGGUCUGAGUCUCCUGAUGGGAUUUUCUCUGUUAAAUCAGCUUAUAGGAUAGUUUCCAGCGAUGCCAACGCCCAGGGGGAUACCAGUUGGAUUCAUGUAUGGAGAUGGGAGGGUCCAGAAAGGGUUCACUAUUUUCUUUGGAUUCUUCUAGGCGAUAAGCUGAUGACCAACUUCAGACGCGUGGAGCGCCAUAUGGCUUCGUCAGUAGCUUGUCCCCGAUGUACCCAUGUGACAGAAACGAGUUUACAUGCUGUCCGAAACUGCAAGGACUCUCUUGAGGUUUGGCGUUUUGCUGGUCAGACCUGA